AUGGCAAAGUCUAUAAAAACCGUGGAUAUCCACUUUCGUCACGCAGCAGACAAGAGAAGAAAAUGGCAUAAGCAAGGGAAACCACUGAGAAGUCUGACAUAUGCGCCGUGGUUCGAGUACGAAUUCAUGGACCACCAGAUCGUCACCCUACCAUUCUGUCGAUUACACAAUGUCUCAUCCAAGACACUGCAUUACUCGAAAACAUGCGCCAGAGCCCUAGAUUGGACGAUUCCCGCACGCACAGGGGUAUGUUUCAGACGCGAUGGUGACCAGACCAUCGAUGAGUUUGACGAUAUCGACCUCUUCUUUUCGAAACUCAACGAUUGCUUCGUUUAUCGAGUUGAGAAUGGAUUGCCCGGGGAAGCAGCCCGCGAACUGCGGUAUCAACUGGAGCGAUGGGUGAAAGCAGGCAUGCAGAAAGACGCUGUCAAAUUUGACAUAUACUUUCUUCCUCUUCCUCUCUCUUCGUACCCUCCGGUCUCGAAGAUUAUGGGUCUAGUGCACACUGCUGUGCGUCAGCACCCAUGGCGCCAUCCGCAAUACGCCAUUAUCGCCAUCGGCAGAUCUGUCGAGUUCUACAAGUGGGACGCGGCCAAAUCUGUCCCGGUGCUCUACACCGGCAUGUAUGACCUGUUGGCCCAAUCUGCCACCAUUCAUGAGCGCCUCAUGGAGAUCAGAGAGGAGCGCCUCGCUGGGCGGUAG